AGGGCUACUGACUCCUGACCUCACAGACCUCUUGGGCUGCGGCGCUCCCUACUCGGCGGUGUCCCUGCUUUUAAGUCCCCGACGGAGGGCAGCCUAGCGGUGACGCGGGUUUCCCAGCCGGCGGGUUUAGGACGCAGCACCCGGAAGUGGCGGCUGGAGCGGGAGCGCUGAGUUGUCGGGCGGCGGGACAGCGGCCCGGAAUAGGGGGCGGGGGCGUUGGUCAUGUUUCCCUUCGGGCCCCACAGCCCGGGCGGGGACGGGGCGUCUGGAGCUGAGGAGCCGCCGCCUCUCGGAGGGCCGGCGGCAGCUUCCAGACCGCCCUCUCCAGCUCCGCGGCCGGCGCCUCCACAGCAGGGAGCUGACGCGGCCCCUCCCCCGCCGGCAGCCCGGAGCCCUCGCCUCCCGGGCGGCCCCGCACUGUCUCCGGCCGAGUGCGCCGGAGAGCUCGCGGCCCCCGGAGCUCUGGAGUUGUCCGCUGCGGCAGCGCAGACAGAGCUGUCACCGUCCUCCUCGCCGCGCAGGCGCUCGAGGCCAGACUGCAGGGCAGGCAACCGGAGCCGGCAGGGCCUCAGCGCGGGCCUCAGCGGCCCUGGCGCCAGGCUGUUCGGGUGGCUGAGAGAGCGAAGCCUCGGCCGCGGGCUGUUCGUGGACCCGGCGCGGGACAAUUUCCGCACGAUGACUAACCUGUAUGGUUCCAUCCACCCCGCUGACUCCGUGUACCUCAGCACCCGCACCCACGGAGCUGUCUUCAACCUCGAGUAUUCGCCCGACGGGUCAGUGCUGACAGUUGCUUGUGAACAGACUGAAGUUCUGCUUUUUGACCCUAUUUCUUCAAAGCACAUAAAAACCCUUUCUGAAGCACAUGAAGACUGUGUGAAUAAUAUCAGAUUUCUUGAUAACCGGCUAUUUGCUACCUGCUCUGAUGAUACUACAAUAGCACUAUGGGAUCUGAGAAAAUUGAACACCAAAGUAUGCACUUUACAUGGUCACACUAGCUGGGUGAAGAACAUCGAAUAUGAUACUAAUACAAGACUCUUAGUAACAUCAGGAUUUGAUGGAAAUGUCAUUAUUUGGGACACUAACAGGUGCACAGAAGAUGGGUGUCCACAUAAGAAAUUCUUUCAUACACGUUUUCUCAUGCGAAUGAGAUUAACACCAGAUUGUUCCAAAAUGUUGAUCUCAACAUCCUCUGGAUAUCUUUUGAUUUUGCAUGAUCUGGACUUAACUAAGUCUUUAGAAGUAGGCAGCUAUCCCAUUUUGAGAGCAAGAAGAACUACUUCAAGUUCAGAUUUGACCACUUCAUCAAGUUCUUCUGGUUCUAGAGUUUCUGGUUCCCCUUGUCAUCACAGUGAUUCUAACUCAUCUGAGAAACACAUGUCACGAGCUUCUCAACGAGAAGGAGUUUCUCCACGAAAUAGUCUUGAAGUCUUAACCCCUGAAGUUCCUGGUGAGCGAGACCGUGGAAACUGCAUCACAUCAUUACAGCUGCACCCCAAAGGCUGGGCCACCCUUCUUCGGUGCUCAAGCAACACUGAUGAUCAGGAGUGGACUUGUGUCUAUGAAUUCCAAGAAGGAGCUCCAGUGCGACCCGUGUCACCUCGCUGUUCCUUGCGGCUGACUCAUUACAUUGAAGAAGCCAAUGUAGGCAGGGGCUACAUCAAAGAACUUUGCUUCAGCCCUGAUGGACGAAUGAUUUCUUCCCCACAUGGCUAUGGGAUUCGCUUGUUGGGAUUUGACAAACAGUGCAGUGAGCUUGUUGACUGUUUACCCAAAGAAGCCAGUCCUCUACGGGUGAUUCGUUCUCUGUACUCUCAUAAUGAUGUGGUCCUGACAACAAAGUUCUCUCCAACACAUUGUCAGAUUGCCUCAGGGUGCCUUAGUGGACGGGUCUCUUUGUAUCAGCCAAAGUUUUAGGCACAACUUACAUCAAAUAAGGAACUCUUCUGGUGUUUGGCUUAUGAAUUACUUCAAUUUAGGUGAAGUAUUUUCUUUUUUAGAAGAUCUUAUAAGUUUGGGUCAAGAUCUUGUUCUUAUAGGUUGGUAAACACACAUGUGACCCAAGUACUUGGCCAUCUGGCAUCAUCUGGGCAUCUCCAUUUCGACCAUGCAGCAUCGUUCUGUCAGCAUUCCUUUGCUCCUGUUGUCUGUGCCACUGAGCUUGGGUUUUCCUGGUCAUUUUGCAUGUGGCUCUUGUUCUCUCUCCCAUCUCUGUUUCUACCACUCCUCCCUGCUUCCCCUCCUCGUUUUUGAUUUUGGUAUGAAUUUUGUGGACAUUUGACAAGAGUCGUGGUUGGGAUGAGGAAAAACCCAUGACACCAGUACUAAAUAAAACCCAGAAACUGGAUGUUGGCACACAAGUUGUUGAAAAAAGAAAAGUUCAUCUUCAUUUAUCAGUACACUUGGCCUUUAAAGUUGCUGUCAAAUAUUGAGCACAGAUAAUGGUGUUAUUCUCAUAACUGAAACUCUUACAACAAAAUAUCUUUUUUAAAUUUCCUGUUAAAAUUACACAAAUUAAUUCAUGAGAAUUUUUUUUGUUGUGAAAUUCUAGAAAAAUACUACAACCUCUUUGUAAUUUAUUUUACUUGUAUGAAUUUAAAAUCUCCA